UAAUGCGAUAAGUAAGGGAUGCCAGCCGGUAUUAAACGCCGAAGAAGAAGACGUCCGGCAUGUGAAAACAAAAACUUCUGAUUGUGCGUGGCUGCUGAGUGUAAAAGAUUAAUGGAAACAGUUACUUGCAUUGCCUUUCCAAAGAAAGACAUGUCUCGUUCUGCUGGUGACCCAAACUUCUGUCAAGAAUGCGGGAAUGUUCUCCCGCUCCCCGGAAUAUCUGACACAGUCCGAUGCCCUCGCUGCUCCUUCAGCAUCCCUGUAACAGACUUCUCUGGCCUGGAAGUGUGUUCAACUGUGGUGUUUAACCCUGAGCAGCAGUCAUUAGUGGCUCUAAAGGAUGAUGAUGGCUCAGAGCUGAAGGGACCCGUGAUUGACAGACGAUGUGGUCGCUGCAAUAAAGAAGGGAUGAUUUACCACACUAGGCAGAUGAGAUCUGCAGAUGAAGGACAAACUGUGUUCUUCACCUGUGUAAACUGCAGGUAUCAAGAGAAGGAAGACUCCUGACAGAAUUGUUCCAAGUUCAAGAUUGUUGUCAACCAGACUCAACAAACUCUACUUUUCAUGUAUGACUUGUUUGUGGUGGAAAUAAAGUUUGCAGUUAGUUAACAUUGA